UCCUCUGUAUUCCCAGGACUGUCCAGAGGAGAAGCUCCCAGAGAACCAUCAGGGGGAAGACGUGACAGAUAUUAAAGUGGAGGAUGAAGAAGAGCGGAUGAUGUGCGAUCCCCCGUGUAAGAGUGAGGUGGAGGAGGACAUUCCAGUCCAUGUGACCACAGAAAACUCCUGUAAGAAGCUUGGAGGAAACGUCCUGUUAUCUCUAGAUUUCUCUUCAGGAGAAAAUCUUGUUACCUGUAAUGUACACCCAGGACUUCACAGUGCAGAUCCAUCAUAUAAUCCUCCUAAUCGUGAGGAACCUUCUCCUGACCAAACACAGUUGAAAGGCGGUAAAAGAUUUCAAUGUGUGGAAUGUGGAAAACAGUUUAGAUAUAAUUUAGAACUUUCUGUUCACAGAAGAAGUCACACAGGAGAAAAGCCAUAUUCAUGUACACAAUGUGGGAAAUGUUUUACCAUUAAAUCAAGCUUUGAGGAACAUAAGAGAAGUCACAAAGGAGAGAAGCCAUAUUCAUGUUCAGAAUGUGGAAAAUGUUUUACCAAGAAAUCUAAUCUCGAUCAGCAUAAGAGAAUUCACACAGGAGAGAAGUCAUAUAAAUGUUCACUGUGUAAAAAAUGUUUUAGAUAUAGAUCAGCUUGGAUUACACAUGAGAGAAUUCACACAGGAGAUAAGCCAUAUUCAUGUUCUGAAUGUGGGAAAUGUUUUACCAAGAAAUCAAAUCUUGUUCAGCAUAAGAGAAUUCACACAGGAGAGAAGUCAUAUACAUGUUCACUGUGUGAAAAAUGUUUUAGACAUAGAUCAGCUUGGAUUACACAUGAGAGAAUUCACACAGGAGAGAAGCCAUAUUCCUGCUUAGAAUGUGGGAAAUGCUUUAUAAGUAAAUCUAGUCUUGUUAAACACAAGAGAAUUCACACUGGACAGAAGCCUUAUUCAUGUUCAGAAUGUGGGAAAUUGUUUAGAGAUAAAUCAAGUCUUGUUAAACACGAGCGAAUUCACACAGGAGAGAAGCCGUAUUCAUGU